UUGAGGGCGUAUUCAUUAUGCAUCCCACUUAUCGAAUUAGCGUACUAUCACGAGAUACGAAUCGGAUAUUUCAGAAGAGAUACAGACUUAAAGAAUGAUACAAGUACAGAAAUUGACGAAAUUUUGUACGGAAAAAAUACGGUUGCAUAUCACUUGGAAAGAUUUCUGGGUCGUGGAGGAUAUGGCGAAGUGUACGAGUGUCGAACUGGAGACAACAAGACAUAUGCAUUGAAACGGGAAAAUAUUCGUCGAACCCAUAUGACAACUGAGGUCGAGGGCAUUCAUGAUACGUACAUGUUUGUGGUGAUGUCACUGUUAGGGAAAGAUCUUUCGAAGUUACGAAAAGAUUGUCCAACGAAAACAUUUUCGUUGGGAACAGCGUUACGUCUCGGCAUUAUGACACUUUCGGCUAUCAAAGAAUUACAUGAAAUAUCUAUUGUUUCAAGGUUAGAAUUUCCAUUGUUUCAUAGAAAGCCAGAAACGAGAGUUUUCGAUUUCAGAGACAUUAAACCAAGUAAUUUUGCAAUAGGAAGAGGCGAUGAAAGAAGAAAUAUUUUUCUGUUCGACUUUGGACUAUCUCGAGUUUAUAAGAACAAGGCUAUUCAAACUAACCACUUUAAGGAUGGUAGCAUAAUUCCGCCGUCAGCAAAUGCCGGAUUUAAGGGCACAACACGAUAUGCGUCGAUAAGAGCUCAUCAAAAGAAGGAACUUGGUAGAAGCGAUGACUUGGAAUCUUGGUUAUACGUUAACGUUGAAUUUAGUACGGGACGUCUGCCGUGGAAAUCCGGCAAAGGGAAGCAAGCGGCACGGAGACACAGCAAAGAGCGUACAUUACAAAUGAAGAAAAUGAUUCGAAUUGGUACAAAACGAACACUUUUCUUCAAGAAUUGUCCACAAAUUCUUGAUCAAAUAUUUGCAAUGAUCGAUGCGUUAGAAUUUGAAUCUGAACCACCGUAUGACCAAAUCAAGUUCAUGUUUGAAAAGACAAUGCUAGAAUCGGAUGUGCGUUGGAUUGAUGCGUUCGAUUGGGAAUCUGGAGCCGCACUCUUACCACCGCCGCUCAAUAAAAUCAUGGCCCCAUCGCAAUCACAAAUCUCAACGUAUGCCAAGUCGAUAGGAUCAACAUAUGCAAAAACAAGUUUAACAGCAUCAACACAAACGUCGUCAAUAGAAAUCGACGAGCCUCUAUUAUUUCAGUAUUAA